AUGUCCGGGCUGGACUUCGAUGGGCUGCUGUACCUCCCUUGGGAACAGUUCUCUCACCUAUGGCAUCAGAUGUCUUGGACGUCUUCUGCAUGGCUCAAGCACCGCAAGUCCCUCAAGAAAAGACACAUCGUUCCCUCUGCAUCCGAACUCCAAGGCGAGACUGAGGAGGGGCAACUCCAGUGCGACAACACCAUUCCCACAUCUCCAUCCAACACUACUCUGGCCACCAGCACCACGGGCUCGGACACAAAGUCCAAUAACUCUGCAUCUGACAAUGGGGAAGGGGAUGAUGCAAGUGAGGAGCAAACACAGACCUCUUUGUCUGACAAUGGGCAGGCAAAUGGACGGGUCAACAUCUCCUACACUCCCAUGGAUACCACCACAGCCCCAACCAACAUGCACCAGCCCGCACUAGGAGCUGAAACGGCUCCCUCUGGUCCCCCCAUCAUAUGGCAGCCUUCUACUCCCACAGAGUCUUGCAUAGCUCAACCUCGAGUAGAGAUCGGUCUAGCCAUGGAUGAUGGUCCAGCUGAGGAAGAUGAGGACAGCGACAAUACCAGCAUCGAUCUGAAUGAGAGGCAAGACACCAUGGAUGUGGAUUUGAACACCAACACACUUGACUGCUCCUCUUCGGCUACCACUUCCGAACAUGCUCCUGGACCAGAGGCUGAGCGCACCGCAGACAUCAACACAAUCCCACCUGCCAAAACUAGCAAUGACAAGCUUGGGAACCUUGUCCUGCCGAAGCUUGCCCGGCCCAAUAACCUGGAAACCAUUGUGAAGAAACGCGGCCGCACAGCAAAACCAUGCAGAGAACCAGUUUGCAAGAGCGGCAGGAAAGUGUCUUUUCUGUCUUUCCCUAUGUUUUCUCAUUAG